AGGACCUUUACAACAUGCUUCAAAGCGACUGCGACCUAACCCCCAAUUAUAUAACCCAAAUUGUCCACGACUCUCCCCAAAUUCUCCAUUUCCAACACUACACACACUCAAAUCCUCCAAAACGAAAAGAAAAGAACUGGAGUUUCCCAAGGGAAAGAUCAAAUGGUGGCUUUGAAAGCAGGGAGCAGGCCGCCAUGGGUGGGCUUAGGGGCUGCGGUGUGGGUCCAAAUAGCCGCAGGUAAUGCCUACACUUUCCCUUUGUACUCUCCCUCGCUGAAAUCAGUCUUGGGCUUUAAUCAGCAGCAGCUCACGAUUCUUGGGGUGGCCAACGAUAUCGGGGAGAAUGUGGGGAUUUUGCCUGGAAUUGCCUGCAACAAGUUUCCUCCUUGGGCUGUUCUUCUUGUCGGCGUUUGCGCUUCCUUUUUGGGAUAUGGUGUUCUGUGGCUUGCCGUUAGCCAGACUGUUCAGUCUUUACCGUAUUGGGUUCUGUGGGCCGCCCUAUGCGUGGCCACAAACAGCAGCGCUUGGCUGGGAACAGCCGUCCUCGUCACCAACAUGCGCAACUUCCCAGUCAGCCGCGGCACAGUCGCCGGAAUCCUCAAAGGCUACGUGGGCCUGAGUGCCGCCGUUUUCACCGAAAUCUACACAAUGCUCCUCGGCAGCUCUCCCCCGGCCCACCUCCUCCUCCUAACCCUAGGCAUCCCCACAAUCGGCCUCCUCAUGAUGUACUUCGUCCGACCCUGCACCCCAGCCUCCGGCGACAGCCCAUCCGAGCACUCCCACUUUCUCUUCAUCCAGGCCGCCAGCCUGGCGCUCGCCGUCUAUCUAUUAACAACGACUAUAUUAAAAGACUCGAUGUCGCUCGGGAAUACGAUAUCUUACGUGUUUAUUGCGGUCAUGGUCGUGCUGUUGAUGGCCCCUCUGGCAAUCCCGUUGAAAAUGACGUUUUUCCCGGAGAUUCGUAAGAAUGCAAGCCAGCUGGAUUUGGUGGGUGAUGGGGAUGGGGAUAAUGAGUCGAGUCUGCUGACACCGUCCUCGUCAGCAGCUUACCUCGGGAGCUUUUACGAGCCGGAGGAGGAGUUGUCGGAAGUGGAUUUGUUGCUGGCGGUGGGUGAAGGGGCGGUGAAGGCACGAAAAAGGAGGCCGAGGAGGGGAGAAGAUUUCAAGUUUAAAGAGGCGGUUGUGAAGGCCGAUUUCUGGUUAUUGUGGAUGGUUUACUUUCUCGGGGUUGGUUCGGGUGUGACCGUGCUUAAUAAUUUAGCCCAGAUAGGGGUUUCGCUUGGGGUGAAUGAUGCCACGAUUUUGUUGAGCGUGUUCAGCUUUUGCAAUUUCUUGGGUCGUCUUGGGGCUGGGGUCGUGUCUGAACAUUUCGUGAGGUCACGGACAAUCCCUCGUACAUUCUGGAUGGCUGUUACACAAGCAGUCAUGAUCCUCACAUUUCUCCUAUACGUAUCGGCUUUAAGCGGGACCCUCUAUGCAGCCACAGCACUGCUCGGGAUUUGCUACGGGGUCCAGUUCGGGAUAAUGAUCCCGACUGCAUCCGAAUUAUUUGGGCUGAAGCACUUUGGCAUCAUAUUCAACUUCAUGCAGCUGGGAAACCCAGUUGGGGCCGCCCUCUUCUCGGGCUGGCUCGCGGGCUGGGUCUAUGACUCAGAGGCUGCCAAGCAGUUGGGCUCGUCAUGCCUUGGCCCAAACUGUUUCCGCCUCACCUUUUUCGUCCUCGCUGGGCUCUGUGGGCUGGGGACUCUCCUGAGCGUGGUUCUCACGGUUCGGAUAAGGCCCGUUUACCAGAUGCUUUAUGCCGGGGGUUCGUUUCGCAUUCCUCAAGGUGGUGGUCAUUGAUUUGAUUGGGAGAGGGGUAUUUUUGGUAUUAUGUUGAGUCUUUUUGGUGAUUGCGCCAGGCGAGAUUUAUGAAAGUCAUCAAUUUUGUGUUGUGUUUCUGUUGUGUAAUUUUGUGUUGUAAGUUAUUAUAAAGUUAUGAUAAUAUAGAAACAUAGCAUCUGAGGUAUGGAAUGAUUUGGUCGUGUUGUAUGAAUAUGGUUAUUUUGUUUCCUCGAAUGAGCCACAAAUUAUUUUGUUUCCUCAUGAUGCGUGCAAGUGUGUCCUUGAGAUUUUGACAUUGAAUUUAAAUUCUUUCAAUGUAACUUUAUUUACAAUUCAAUAUUCCUCUUUCCUUCUCCGUGAAUAA